GUCGCCGUUGCCGCCGCCGUUGGGUUCCCGGCGGGGCGCGCUCCGCGGGGGGAUGUCGGGCCGCGCGUCGCGGCAGGAGGAGGCGGAGAGCGCGAAGCUGCGCCACAAGGAGGAGCUGAGCCGGAGGAUUAAAGAGCAGAAAGUUGUAGUUGAUGAGCUUUCUAAUUUGAAGAAGAACCGGAAAGUUUAUAGGCAGCAACCCAAUAGCAACAUAUUCUUCCUUGUAGACCGAACAGAAACACUGUCUCAAUGCAAAAAUACAUUAGAUGAAUUAAAGAAGGCACAUCAGGAGAUGGAAAAUUCAGAAAAGACUAAAAUCAAGAAAUAG